AUGGGGUUUUACAACUCCAUUUCUGCAGUGUUUUUGUCAUCCUUUUUUAUGCAUGCUUUCAUUCUUCACUCUUGCCUUCCUUGUUUCGCCCUUCCGGGAAAUGAGACAGAUAGACUCGCUUUGCUUGAAAUCAAGGCUAGCAUAACUCAUGACCCUUUUAAAGUCCUGACUUCAUGGAAUGAAACCAUCCACUUUUGCUCUUGGCAUGGCGUUACAUGUGGUCGUCGUCAUAAGAGGGUCACAAGCUUGAGCCUGCCGUCCUUGAAACUUGCAGGAUCUAUACCACCGCAUGUUGGGAACUUGAGUUUUUUGAGAGUCAUUGAUCUCGGAGCAAACAGCUUAGGCCAUGAAAUUCCUCCAGAAUUCAGCCGCCUGCUCAGAUUGAAAUUCCUAUGGUUAAACAACAAUUCACUGAGUGGAGAAAUUCCCACUAACUUGUCGCGUUGCUCUCAGCUCCUCGGGCUCGAUGGUGGUUUCAAUGCACUGAUGGGAAAGAUUCCAAAGGAGCUUGGCCUUUUGUCAAAGUUAAGAGUUUUUUCCAUCCACUUUAACCACUUUACAGGAGAAGUCCCUACUUCUUUUAGCAACUUAUCAUCUCUUGAAGUGUUCUCCGCAACUUCUAAUAAUUUGAGUGGCACUGUCCCGGAUAUUUUUGGCCGAAUGACCAAUCUUAGCUUUCUUGCCUUCGAUGUAAAUAGUUUUUCGGGUAUGCUUCCUCCCUCAAUCUUUAAUCUCUCUUCUCUCACAGUCCUUUCUAUGGGAAUAAAUGAAAUCCAAGGGACGCUGCCCUCAAACUUUGGUAUGGUCAUUCCGAGUCUCCAAAUAUUUUCCAUUAACGGCAACCAAUUCAGUGGAUCUAUUCCUGUUUCAUUAUCAAAUGAGUCAAAUCUAAUUGGAUUGGGGAUGGGAGGUAACCACCUGCAUGGAAAGGUCCCUCCUUUGACGAAUUUGCAUAAGCUUAAGCGGUUAGUCCUUGCUGACAACCAUCUCGGAAGUGGGGGAAUUGAUGACUUGACCUUUCUCUGCGAUUUGAGCAAUGCCACCCAUUUAGAAAUUCUCGAAAUGUUUACCAACAACUUUGGGGGCACGUUACCUCAAUGCAUAGGAAACCUGUCUUCUUCUCUUCAAACCUUCCUUCUAGGUCAAAAUAAAAUAUUAGGAAGUAUCCCGAAUGAGAUUGCAAAUCUGGCUAACUUAGAGGUUUUGUUGUUGUCUGAGAACCAAUUAUCAGGUCACGUUCCCCCUGGUGUAGGAAAGCUGCACAAGUUAUAUCAAUUAAAUUUGAGUAUGAACUCUCUUUGUGGCAAUCUUCCAUCCUCUUUCGGAAAUUUAAGUCAACUAAAUGAGUUAUACUUAGACGGCAACAAACUUCAAGGCAACAUCCUGCCGUGUUUAAUUGUGUGUCAGAAUUUGAGGAUCUUAUCUCUUGGUGCCAACAAUUUCAGCGGUAUCAUAUCGCAAGAAAUCUUUGGUCUGCUGAACUUGUAUGUACUAAGUUUACCUCAAAAUCAUUUUAUAGGUUCCCUGCCAGAGAACAUAGGAGUUUUAAUAGAUCUAGAGUAUUUAGAUAUCUCUAAUAACAUGUUAUUCGGUGAAAUUCCGGCAAGUCUUGUUAGUUGUGUAAAAUUAGAGUACCUAGACAUGCAUGGAAAUUUCUUCAACGGGACGAUUCCAUCAACUUUCAGUUCACUAAGAGGUCUCACAGAAUUGUCUCUCUCUCACAACAACUAG